GGAGCGACACUCGCUCGCUCAGUUGGCGCGAGCAGUGUGCGCAGUCCAGUCUGUAGAUGCGUGGGUUUAAGAAGGGAGUUGAGUUGCGACUGGGUUCAACGCGAGACUAGUGACUGAAUACUGACCUUACUCAGGAGGAUUGCUCCGCAUUGCGGUGAGACCAUGCCGGCUCUGAUAACUAAAAACUCCGAUAUGGAGUUCGACUCCUUGCAGCCUUGCUUUUAUCCCGACGAAGACGACUUCUACUUCUGCGGCCCACCUAGCGAGGACAUCUGGAAGAAAUUUGAACUCUUGCCUACGCCUCCCCUUUCACCAAGCCGCGCUGCGCUUCCCGGGGCGACCGGAGACAUCGUCUCGGCGACCGGGGUGGACUGUACGCUGCCCCCGGGGCUUGGAUUAACGGAUCCGCUGGACUGGGCUUCCGAGCUGUUCUUGCUUCCGGAAGAUGACAUUUGGGGAGCGCCGGAGGGCGACCUUUUCGGCUCGGCUAUGGAUUCUACUAACGAAAACUCUAUAAUUAUUCAGGACUGCAUGUGGAGCGGCUUCUCUGCCCGAGAGAAACUCGAACGGGUGGUCAACGAGAAGCUGGGACUUGGCAAAGCCACGGUGGGCCCAGUGACUGGGUCGUCGGGGGCGUGCAGCAAAAACGCUACAAUUGUCAAAGCACCAGCCGACACUGAGUUGAACAGCUCCAUAUCGGAGUGCGUGGAUCCCGCGGUGGUGUUCCCAUUCCCGGUGCACAAAAGAAACAGUGGCAGCAGCAAGACAAUGGGCGACCAAACUGGGACGGUCAUUUCACCCGCUGUCAACAGUGUUCAGGACGACACCCUGAGUGACUCCGAUGACGAUGAUGAUGAUGAUGAUGAUGAAGACGACGACGAAGAUGACGAGGAUGAUGAUGAUGAGGAAGACGAGGAGAUUGAUGUGGUGACGGUAGAGAAGCGGCGUUUGGGUUGGUCAGGCGCGGGAGGCGUGGUCAGUAAACCCCCGGUCGAGCUCAUCCUGAAGCGCAGCGCGGCAGCCUCGCUUCACCAGGAGCAACACAACUAUGCUGCCCCUUCCCCUUACGCCUCUGUCUGCCAUGGCAACUCCUCAGACUCCCCUAGGGGGCGCUGCUCCGCACCCCCAAGCAAACGCCACAAGCCCGACCGGCUCAAACCAGCUUCGCCCACCGCUGCAUCGACAGCGCUGUCAACACCGUCAUCGUCGUCCUCGGGUAGCCGGCAUCGUCGAGCGGAGGCAAGCGGCAACAGCCCACCCCGCACUAGCGGCGGCAGCUCAGACUCGGACGACUUUGAGCGCCGGCGCAACCACAACAUCCUGGAGCGGCAGCGGCGCAACGACUUGCGCUCCAGCUUCCUGACGCUGCGCGACCAGCUUCCCGAGCUAGCCAGCAACAACAAAGCGGCCAAGGUGCUCAUUCUGAAGAAGGCCACAGAGUACGUGGGCUCCCUGGAGACCCAACAGCGGCGACUGCUACAGGAGAAGGACAAACUGCAGGCACGCCGUCAGCAACUGCUUCGCCGUUUAGAGCAGGCCCGGACACGCUAACAGCUAACGCUAAUGGCUACUCCACAGCUAUCAAUAGCUACUCCACAGCCAAAAGCUAACAGCUUUACGGCUAAUAGCUAGAUAGCUAGCAGCUAAUGGGAAGCUAGCUUACCACUCUGCUAGUUUGCUACUGUGACCGUUUUUUUUUUUUUUCAGCAGGGACAUUACCUGAGUUGAGUAAUCAGAUGCCACCCAAUUUGGUGAUGUAUGCAUGAAUGAGUGUGUUGAUAGGUGUGUGUGUGUGUGAGUGUGCGUGUGUGUGCGUGUGCGUGCAUAUGUUUAUAUGUAUGCAUGUGUGAAAACCUGUGCAAAAAACUACAGUAUGUGAACUCUGCAGAGAGGACUGUCUGUCUCUCUGAGCUAAGAAAACAAAAGGAGAAGUCUAACUGUUGGGACUCAAGAUUCACUGCCGCCACUUUCUUUGCACAUUUAUAGACGUCAAGAAUGUUCAGGGUUUUACUUUUUAUAUCCACUAAGAAGAACAAACACUACACACAGAGCGGAUGACAGGACGAAAACGAGGUGAUCGAUCAGUUGAUCGACCGGUAGACUGAUGUAUCAAAUGUAGGCUUUCUCAGAUCGUCUUUUUUAGUACAUAAAAACAGAAACUUCCACGGGCAUGGUUUGACUGGAUGGACUGGAAAGGAAAGGAUGAAUGAACUAAUGUCAUUUACCUGCACUCCUUCAGCAAAACACUCCCACUAACACACACACACACACACACACACACACACACACACACACACACACACACAGCUCACAGUGUGUUGAAUUUGACCCUGCUGGCUUUCAAGUGUAAUUCAGCCAAGCCUCACUCACUACUAUGACCUGCUAGCACACACACACACACACGCUCAUGCACAUACUCAUACAGACAAACACUUAUACACGCACACUGUACACCUUAAACCGUUUUUAAAACCUCUACUAGUCAGGGGCAGUAAAUGCAGGGGUUUCCUCUCUCACUGGUGCUUAGGAAAACUGUCAGACCUCUUUAUACCUUCUUACGGGACACUUUUUUGUAAAUACCAGAUUAAGCAAAACUCUCAGUCUGCCUUGCUUUUUGUACUUAACUGUCUUUUUUUUAAAUUCACACAAAAUGUAUCGUAAGAAUCUGCCAAUAACUAGACUGGAUGUUGACAAAGUACUGUACGACCUUCAUUUUUGAGGAUCAAGAGACGUUUUUUUGUAUAAUGUUAUGAUGAACUAUUGUUGUUUUGUUCUUGUUACUUUUUCAUAUUAUUCCUCUUUAUAUCGAUGUACCACGCCCUUACUAAUUCCCAUACACCUCUACGAUUUAGUGUGCUCUUGAUACAUACUAAAAUUUUAUACUUAUAUUUUCGUAUGAAAAUGAGUUCUUAGUAGAUAUCAUGUUAUCUUGUUUGUUUGUUUGUUUGUUUAUCCUCUUUCUUUUAAAAGUCACUCUUUUUGUACAGAUAAAGUGUUAAAUCUUUAAUAUUCCUUUCCUAUUUUUCCUUUUUCAUGUUUAUAUAUUUGUAUCUUUUGGGUGCAUAGAACUGGGUCAAAGGAAAGGAAAAAAACUAACAUUUUUAUUGUACUUUAGUGCUGUCACUCAGAGCACUUUGAAAUACCUCAUUCAGAUAAAAUAAAUAGACAUUCAAAUCAAAACAAA